AUGUUUGGUGGAUCAAGAUACUUCGGCCUUCGAGGCCAGAAGCUGAAUCUGGCAGUCGGAAUUAUCGCUGGGGUGGAUUUCUUUCUUUUCGGUUAUGAUCAGGGAGUGAUGGGAGGACUGUUGACCUUAGGAAGCUGGGUAGAGCAGUUUCCUGAAAUCGAUUCGGUAAACAACCCGACUGAUACUCAUAUUUCCACCAUCCAAGGUAUCACCGUCGCUUCGUACAACGUCGGCUGUUUCAUCGGUGCAAUUAUCACCAUCUUCAUUGGGGAUAUCCUUGGUCGUAGAAAGAUGAUCUUUCUGGGUUCUGCUAUCAUGGUUGUUGGUGCAGCUUUACAGGCAUCCGCUUUCAGUCUUCCGCACUUGAUUGUUGGCAGGAUCAUCACUGGUUUUGGAAACGGCAUGAACACUUCCACUGUUCCGACCUGGGCUGCAGAAACUUCGAAAUCCCACAAGCGAGGUAAAAUGGUUAUGAUCGAAGGGGCUAUGAUUACCGGAGGCAUCGCUUUAUCAUACUGGGUGGACUUCGCAUUUUCCUACUUGGAGCCAAAUCCGGUCUCCUGGCGCUUCCCUCUGGCACUUCAAAUUUUGUUCGCUCUGAUAUUGCUAGCGUUCAUCAUGGAAUUGCCGGAAUCUCCCAGAUGGCUCCUACUAAAAGGAAAUGAGCACGAAGCUAUAUCUGUUAUUGCGGCCUUGGAGGACUUACCACAAGAUGAUCACGUAGUGCAGACCGAAUUCAUGGAGAUUAAAGAUACCGUCUUGGAGAUGAAGUCAGCCGGCUGGGCCGACCUCUUUACAAUGGGACCAGAGCGAAACUUCCAUCGUGUUGCUCUGGGGUACGUCAAUCAGGUAUUUCAGCAGAUCAGUGGAAUCAAUCUGAUUACGUAUUACGCGCCAACUAUUUAUAAUCAAUACAUCGGUCUACCCCAUAGAAUAUCCAGCAUCCUCGCCGCAUGCAAUGGUACGGAAUAUUUUCUUGCUUCAUGGGUAGCCGUCUACACCAUCGAGCGUUUUGGUCGUCGUGCACUCAUGCUUUUCGGUGCUGCUGGAAUGUCAGGCAGCAUGGCCAUUUUAGCUGGAAUGAACUACAUGUCAUCAGUCAAUCUUGGUGGCUCAGCUCCCGGUAUUGUCUCCGCAGUGUUUUUGUUCGUAUUCAAUACGUUCUUUGCUGUCGGCUGGCUUGGAAUGACAUGGCUGUAUCCUGCAGAGAUCGUGCCUUUGAAGAUUCGUGCCCCAUCAAAUGGACUCUCGACAUCCGCAAAUUGGGCGUUCAACUUCAUGGUCGUCAUGAUAACCCCCGUCUCUUUCACAUCCAUCGGCUACAAAACUUACAUCAUCUUCGCCGUCAUAAACGCCUUCAUCUUCCCCGUCGUCUACUUCUUCUACCCCGAAACCGCUUACCGUUCCCUCGAAGAGAUUGAUAACAUAUUUCGCAAGACUAGUCGUGGAUGGAGAGGUUGGUUCGACGUAGUUAAGAUCGCUCGCGACGAGCCACGACGAUACGGAAAGCAUGGAGAGCUUUUGAUCGAAUACGAGAACACCGAUGAACAUCGACGACGAAGCAGUGUUGCGGCCACUGAUAAGCCUCAUAGCCAUCGUGUGGAAAAUGCUCACCAGGAGACUACGACGAAUAGUGCUGGUAGCAGCGAUUAUGAGAAGAGGAGAACUGAUGUUGUUUGA